CUGCCUUGUCAGCUGUAAAUCUUGUGCCAACAUUUAAAUGUCACUGUCAACUGUCAUGUUAUGUGAAUGUUAUGGCAUGGCAGUGUCAAAACGUUUAAAUUCAAAAUAUUUUCAUUGCAAUUCAUGUUUAAAUAAUACAAAUUAGUUGUCCUCAUUAGAUAAAUGCAAGAUAUUUUGUGAUAAUUCAUAAUGUCCAAUCUAAUACCUACAAAUUCGACUUAUUAGAUGUUAAAAAUUUUGUGAAUUUGAAGUUAAAGUUGAAACUAUCUGAAAAUGUGGCAAUCCAAAUUGCGACCGCUUGCGAAAUACUCCUUAAUUGGUGCCUUGAUCGGUGGCACUGCACUAAGUCUAAAAACCAAUCAGUAUGAAUUAAAUUCGAUUGGAAUUGUGAGAUUGAGUAGGGCAGCAUUCACCGUAUUCCAAGUAGGUAUCAUCUAUAAACGAGACCUUUACGGCAGAAAUUUAGACACGAAUUCUCAGGAAUAUAAAGAUCUCAAAUCGAUAUGCCAUACAAAAGGCGCUGAAAAACUGUUGGACUUGUGUUGCACGAACAAGGGAGUUUACAUUAAAGUGGGUCAACAUCUCGCAGCUUUAGAGUAUUUACUACCAACGGAGUAUGUAGAAACUAUGAGGAUUCUUCAUUCUCAUGCACCCGUCAACAAAAUCGAAGAAGUUUAUAAAGUUAUUAGAGAGGAUUUCAAAAAAGAUCCCUUUGAAAUAUUUGAAAGUAUUGAUCCAGAUCCACUUGGAACAGCAUCUUUAGCACAAGUACAUAAAGCUACUCUAAAAGAUGGAUCCACAGUUGCAGUCAAAGUACAACAUCCCUAUGUACAAGGAAAUUCUAGAGUCGACAUGAAAACCAUGGAAUAUUUAGUAAAAAUAAUGAGUAUCGUGUUUCCGGAAUUUAAAUUUCAAUGGUUAGUAGAUGAAUCAAAGAAAAAUAUACCGAGAGAGUUGGACUUCUCUGAAGAAGGGCAUAACGCCGAGAAAGUUGCUGAAUUGUUUAAAGAUGCAUCAUGGUUGAAAGUACCUACAAUUAGAUGGGAUUUAACAUCUAAAAGGGUGUUGACGAUGGAAUUCGUGGAAGGGGGCCAAGUAAACGAUUUAGAUUAUAUUAAAAAACACAAAAUAAAUCCGUAUGAAGUAUCUGAUAAAUUAGGAAAAUUGUAUUCUAAAAUGAUUUUCAUUCACGGAUUCGUUCACAGCGAUCCACAUCCUGGAAAUAUACUAGUGAGAAAGACAGAUAGAGGCGAUUGUGAUAUAGUUCUAUUAGACCACGGUUUGUAUGCUACUUUAAAAGACGAUUUGCGUGUAGAAUACGCCAAUUUGUGGUUAAGCAUUUUAAAUAGAGACACGAAAGGAAUGAGAUUGCAUAGUAAAAAUUUGGGGAUAGACGGAAAAGCUUUUGGAUUGUUUACUUGUAUGGUUACAGGCCGGACGUGGAACAGCAUCGUUAAGGGAGUCGACAAAGAAAAAAUGACAACCAAAGAAGCAGCGUUCAUGAAGCAAAGCUUCACCGGCAUCCUGCCGCAGAUAUCGGAAGUCCUGCAAAACGUCAAUCCGCAAAUCCUGCUCAUACUGAAAACCAACGACCUGAUGAGGGGUAUAGAACACGCGUUGAAAACUGGUGAGAGAAUGAGCGCGUUCAGAGUUAUGUCGGAGUGUUGCGUCAAAUCCGUCUACAACAUGCGGUACACGCAAAGCGAAAAGAAGAUCGACAGAAUCAGAAUAUCUCUGGCUGAAUUUUGGGCCUUGUUUAAGAUAAAUCUGUAUUACGCUUAUCUUAAUUUGAAAAGUAAAUCACUCUACAUAUUUUCUUGACUGGUUUCAAUUGGGGUUUUUGACAUGUUUUCGCGUGACAUAGUGGAGGUUUUUGCUGUCAUGAUUUGUCAAAGCGAUGUAAAUCAGCCUUGUGAACGGUAAUAUUUGAAAAAUAUGCAGCUCCGUAAAAAAAAGUACAAAUAUUUAUUAACAAACUCUUAUAUUUAUAUAUUUUUGUGUUGAUAUCUUUUUAGGCUUUUAUGUUUAGAGA